UUGUUUUUCAUUUCAGAAUUACUUCGCCUUUUGCCGAUUUGGAACGCACUUAAAUUCAAUCGAAAUGAUUUCGUUUAUGUCUACGCUUUUGAUGAACCUAUUAGGCUGCAUUGGGGCAGCAGCGUGUGUUCUCUUGGGUAUUUGCAUGAUGGCCCGCAAGGAUAAAAACAACACUGUGAAACGACAAAUUUACCGCUUGGGGUAUAAAAUCAAGGAGAUCGUUUACAGCUGUGCCGUAUCCAGCUACAUGGAUGUGGCUAGAAUGAGGCCGGAUGCCAGGUAUCGCCUGGCCUUAAUCCCAAAGAAAGCCUUGGUCCUUGACCUGGAUGCCGCUCUGCUCAAGGUUGUGGGCAUUGGCGAAUUAGAGGAUGGGCCGCAUUACGAUGUCAAGAUAGAUUUGCCAAAUGGUCUGGAAAUGUUCAUCUGCAAGCGUCCAAAUUUGGAGUAUUUUUUGACAACAGUAUCGCAAUGGUACGACCUCGUCGUAUUCACCGCCUUUAAUAAUUUCGUCGCCGAUCCCAUGCUGGAUUACUUGGACGCUGGGCGGAACAUCCUGAAUCGACGUCUCUAUAGCCACGAUUGCGGCAAGUUGUAUGGGUUCAGAGCCAAAUUCUUGUCGCUGGUGGGUCGCGACUUGUCCAGCGUUGUAAUCCUUGAUCAUUCAAACGUUGAAUGCUCGUGGAUUAAGCAAAAUAUCAUCCACAUUCGCGAACAUGUAAUUGAUGAAUGGGACACGACACUUUAUGAUCUUUUGCCCGUCCUCGAUGCGCUGCGCUUUGUCAUGAAUGUCCGUUCCGUAGUGCUCCCAAAAUAA